UUUAUUCUUCUUCUCGUUAUAAAACGAGAACAAAGAGCAGAAGAAGAGUUAAAGACGCGGAGCUAACUAGCUUUGUUAGCUGCUUGCUGUUAGCUGCUCCAGGUGUCUUUGUUUGAUAUGAUUCCUUACAGAAUACAUAAAUGAUAAGAAUAACAAAAACAAACAGACUUCAUUCAUUCAUACACGUAUAUAUUUUAAUAAUAAUUAAUAAUGAAAUAAUAAUGACCUGUUUUUAAGAGGAGAAAAUUUUCAGGUUUCAUUUGUUAAAUGUAAUUAAUCUAAUAAAUGAAUGAAUAUAGUAAUAAUAUAAUAUUACAUUCAUUGAUCUAUUAUCAAUAAAUAAUCAGUUACUCUUCUAAUUGAUGAUGUCAUUGGUUUCACUGUGACAUCAGAUGCAGACUCAGCUCAAGGUAAUUACCCACAAUUCAUAGCAAUGUUAGGGUCUUAAGUUUCUUUGGGGGACACGGGUUAGGGUUCAGGUCUUACGGUCUUAGGGGGACACUGGGUUAGGGUUCAAGGUCUAAGACCUUAGGGGAGACACUGGGUCUUAACCUCAGACAAGGGAACAGGAAGUGACAUAAUGCUGACUCAUGGUUACUGGAGGAUGAACCUGUCUGUCUCUCAGGGUGUCUGUGGAUGGAAGUGAGGAGCUCCACGAUGGGACCGGAGAGAGUCUUACCGAACUCUGAGGACGAGCUGGGGGAGGACGAGCGACCGGCCGAUGGAGCCAUGCUACCUGUGUGGAACGGGGGGGAGGAGGAGGAGGAGGAGGAGGGGGAAGAGGAGGAAGUGAACAAUGGAGGAUAUUAUUACCAACCUCUAAACCAGGAGCCUGAUGGGGGGCAGCCGGGGGAGGAGGGGGAGGAGCAGCAGCAGCAGGUACAGGUGAUGGGUCUCCACCUCCCUGAAGCCCCGCCCACAGACAGUGAUGAUGAGGAGGACCCUGAGGGGGCGGCGGCCCUGAGGAGCCGAGCAUCGAUCCCCAUGGACGAUGACCACGUGGAGCUGGUGAAGAGGACGAUGGCGGCCGUAGCGUUGCCGUCUCUCGGCGUGCCGUCUUGGGCCACUGAGAUCUCCGAUGACCAGUGGAAGGACAUGGUCCAGAACACUCUGGAGAGCCGGCAGAGCGCUGCCGCCCUGCGCUUGCCCCGUAGGAACAAUAUCAACGGACCCUGAACGCACCACGGCCACUUCAACAACCUCUACUGACCCUGAACGCACCACGGCCACUUCAACAACCUCUACUGACCCUGAACGCACCACGGCCACUUCAACAACCUCUACUGACCCUGAACCCACCACGACCACUUCAACAACAUCAACGAACGCUGAACGCACCACCACAGCUUCAAUAACAACUGUCCCUGAACGCACCACAAUGGCUUCAACAACCUCGACUGACUCUGAAUGAACCAAUGACCACUUAGCUUCUGCUGACCCUGAACGCACUACGACUACUUCAGGGACACAACUUCACUUUUUCUUUGUUACAUCAAAAACUUUCAGAUUCAACUUGAAGUUUGUGAAACUGAAUGUUGUUGAAUUGAAUCCCUUAGUUUCUCUGUUUAGAAGCUGAUUCCAGUAUUUAAUAUUCGUCCAUAACAGUUUAAUUAAUGGCAGUGUGUUGACUCAAAGUGUUCCCAUGUUAGCUGAGGCUAAAUAAACAAAACAACAACAGUGGUGAUGUAGAUUCAUCAUGUUCUUCAAUCCUCAAAACAAAAGUCUAAAUUUAGUUUCAAGAAGAAAGCUUCAGUUCCUGAUCUCAGAUCAAUUCUACAGUUUGUGAACAGACACACAGACACAAAGCUGAUCCUCCAGCUGAAGACCACCGGACUCUAGACCAGCCGGACUCUAGACCAGCCGGACCCUGGACCUGAAGCCGGACUCGGGACCUGAAGCCGGAUUCGGGACUCUGUCUAAAAUGAGCUAGCUGAUGGUAGGUAACUGACAUAGUCGUUGACAGUAACGACGUGAACAUCUUAUCAAACUCGAGGAAUAUAUAAAAGGACGUUUUGUUAUCGUGACACUGUUCUAACUAGCUGGCCAACGUUGGUGCUCCUACAUUCCUUCUUUUAGAGGUUUUUCUCCUGAUACACGGAGUCGCUAGCUAACGUUAGCACGUGUUCCUGUGGAGUCAAAAUGUCCAGAAAAGAUGAUAUUUCAAGAGAAGAGAAGCCGGUCACAACUAGUUUUUAAAAUCUCAGUUUUCUUUAUAAAAUAAGUUGUUUUUCUCAUGAUCUUUUCUUUUUAAAUAUUAACAUUUUUAUUCCUAAAUUUGUGCACAAAUUCAGCAAUUUAAAGGCGCUAAUAACUGCAACUAAGGAUUAAUUAUUGUGAUUAUCGAUUAAUUGUAUGACCUAUAAAAUGUCUAAGUGACUCAUUCAGUUUAAUAUGAUAAAAGCUAAGUCGACUAACUUGUUCAUGAGUGAGAUUUAGAUUCUGAAAUAACGUCGUUACUUUACUGUCAAACCCAGUGUGGGAACUUUGACAAUCACUUGUUCACUGAAUCAUUUUAUUUAUUUAACCAUAUUGUUAAAUGUUUUUUUAAAUACUUUUGUCCCUUUUUUGACUCUGUACUCGGCUCCUGUUUAUUUUUGUUACUGCUGAUCUUUUUUUACAGAAUCUAAAUGUUGUGAACUGAACUUUAAAAUCUGUUUUCAUCGAAUUUUACAAAACAAAUGUAUCGUAACUGUUCCUUUUUCAAUCGAAAAUAAAAGAAAAAUCUAAACUUU